CUGGGGAAUGGGGGCGGGGCCUAGGAGAUUCCGGCCUUAGGGUGGACGCAGUUGUUACUGCACAGAGGGCCUCGUCAUGGUGGCGCCCGUGUGGUACUUGGUAGCGGCGGCUCUGCUAGUCGGCUUUAUCCUCUUCCUGACUCGCAGCCGGGGCCGGGCGGCAUCAGCCAGCCAAGAGUCACUGCACAAUGAGGAGCUGGCAGGAGCAGGCCGGGUGGCCCAGCCCGGGCCCCUGCAACCUGAGGAGCCCAGAGCUGAAGGCAGGCCUCGGCGCCGGAGGGACCUGGGCAGCCGCCUACAGGCCCAGCGUCGAGCCCAGCGGGUGGCCUGGGCAGAAGCAGAUGAGAAUGAGCAGGAAGCUGUCAUCCUAGCCCAGGAGGAAGAAGACAUCGAGAAGUCAGCGGAAACUCACGUGUCAGGGAAAAUUGGAGCUAAGAAACUGCGGAAGCUGGAGGAGAAACAAGCGCGAAAGGCCCAGCGUGAGGCAGAGGAGGCUGAACGUGAGGAGCGGAAACGACUCGAGUCCCAGCGCGAAGCUGAGUGGAAGAAGGAGGAGGAGCGGCUUCGCCUAGAGGAGGAGCAGAAGGAGGAGGAGGAGAGGAAGGCCCGUGAGGAGCAGGCCCAGCGGGAGCAUGAGGAGUACCUGAAACUGAAGGAGGCCUUUGUGGUGGAGGAGGAAGGCGUGGGAGAGACCAUGACUGAGGAACAGUCCCAGAGCUUCCUGACAGAGUUCAUCAACUACAUCAAGCAGUCCAAGGUUGUGCUCUUGGAAGACCUGGCUUCCCAGGUGGGCCUACGUACUCAGGACACCAUAAAUCGCAUCCAGGACCUGCUGGCUGAGGGGACUAUAACAGGUGUGAUUGACGACCGGGGCAAGUUCAUCUACAUAACCCCAGAGGAAUUGGCCGCCGUGGCCAACUUCAUCCGACAGCGGGGCCGGGUGUCCAUCGCCGAGCUUGCCCAAGCCAGCAACUCCCUCAUCGCCUGGGGCCGGGAGCCCCCUGCCCAAGCCCCAGCCUGACCCCAGUCCUUCCCUCUUGGACUCAGAGUUGGUGUGGCCUACCUGGCUGUACAUCUUCAUCCCUCCCCACCAUCCUGGGGAAGUGACAGAGUGUGGCCAGGCAGUUAUAGAUUAAAGGCCUGUGAGUACUGCUGAGCUUGGUGUGACUUGGUGUGGCUUGGUGUGGCAGAAGGCCUGGCCUGGGAUCCUAGAUGUGCACGUGAAAUUUAGGCCUCAGAAUGUAUCUGAGAGGUGGGGAGGGUCCCUUGGAAGCUGGUGAAGUCCUAUUCUUAUUAUGAAUCCAUUCAUUCAAGAAAAUA